CUUAGAUUUUCGAGUUUAAUCUCCUAUUGCCAUCUUGCUUCAGUGAUAAGGCUAACGAACUUCACCAUGUUGAGCACGGAAGAAACUGCUGUCUCGUAUGUGUUGGGGGUCAUCAUUGUUGUUUUAUUCUAUCCAACUUAUCGAGCGAUUUGCAACCUCUUCUUGCAUCCUCUGUCCAAGAUAAAAGGUCCACCAGCAUGGUCUGCCUCACGAUUGCCAUUCAUAUAUUCGCUCCUUCGGGGAACCCUAAUUCACGAUGUGGAAAAGCUUCAUCGGAAAUACGGCCCAGUUGUUCGCAUUGCUCCAGACGAGGUCACGUUUGCUCAAGCAGAAGCCUACCAAGAUAUAUUUCAAUCUCAGCCAGACAGCAAACCAUUUUUGAAGGACCACAUCUGGUGGGAGACUCAACCAGGUCUCCCUGAUACGAUCUUGAGUGCAAUUAACCCCGAAAAACAUUCUCAUAUCCGAAGACUUCUUGCCCCUGGGUUCACCCCACGAGCUUUACGAGAUCAAGAACCUAUUUUGCAUCAAUACGUAAACUUACUUGUUGAACGCUUACACGAGCGCGCUCAGAAAACAAAAGAGGCUCGAAUUAACCUUGUUCCCUGGCUAAACUUCACAACAUUUGAUAUAAUCGGAGACAUUGGCUUUGGGGACUCUUUUAACUGUUUACAGCACUCUCGAUACCACCCCUGGAUCGCGUUACUUUUUAGUACUGUGAAAGCUGCUACAUGGGUAGCAUCAGCACGAUAUUAUCCUUUGGUAGAAUCAAUCCUACUCAAGUGCAUUCCACCUUCUUUAAUGAAAACUCAGACUGAUCAUUACCAACGUAUUGCCGACAAGGUCGAUCGGCGUCUCAAUUUCGAAGUGGAACGACCAGAUAUACUUUCAUAUGUCAUCAAGAAUCGUGAAGAAGAGGCGCUACCAAUUGGCGAGAUCAACUCUACAUUCAUGAUACUAACCACUGCUGGUAGUGAAACUACGGCCACCCUUCUCACGGGAAUCAUGAACUAUCUGGUCAAUUAUCCAGAUAAACUUAGUAUACUGGUAGACGAGAUACGUCAUCAAUUUCAUCGCCAGGAGGAUAUCACCCUCGAAGCCUUACGUGGCCUUUCGUAUCUUAAUGCUGUUAUUAAUGAGGGCUUUCGGUUGUGCCCUCCCGUCCCUUGGAUACUGCCAAGACGAGUCCCUCAAGGUGGUGGCAGGGUGUGUGGUAUAUGGCUUCCAGGUGGAACAGCAGUAUCUGUUCAAGCCUAUACGACGAAUAGGGACCCCAAUUACUUUCAUUCCGCAUCGGCCUUUAUUCCCGAACGUUGGCUCCCCGAAGUGCAUUCUGACCCCACGUCUCCCUUCUCAAAGGACCGUCGUGAAGCGGUACAGCCAUUCAGUCUUGGUCCGCGCAGUUGUCUCGGCCAGAAUCUGGCGAUGGCAGAGUUACGACUAAUCAUUUCAAAACUUCUCUGGACGUUUGACUUCGAGGCAGUAGAAGAAGAGAGACUAAACUGGGAGAAUCUUAGAGUAUUUUUACUCAUCGAGAAAAAACCCAUCCAAGUGAAGAUAAGGCUGAGAAGUGGUGUGAAUUAGGAACAGUGUACUUUGAAUGGCCGUUCAGCAUGAGAAAACCCUCUUGAGUUUUGGGUAUAUUGGUGUUAGGACUUGUGAUUUUCCAUGUAUUGGCCAGUAUCUUCCGAUGUCUUCCGACUUAGUUAUCGCCUUUGUGUGAUGUACCUUUCUGCAUUUCUGCCUUGCCCCUCCAAAGGUUCGGUUAGUUCAUAUGCCUUUUGAGCCUCCGCUAGGCAAUUCCUAGGUAGUUAAGAUAGGCGUAAUGGGAAGUGGUUGCUUCCAACAGCAUCCGAGAGGCCGCGCCAUGCACGACAUAUACAUGUGUCUAAGACUUACCUUAAUGUGCAACAGUGUAACCAAUAUUAAUAUCUCCUCUUCAGGCAAAUUUAAGGCAAUCCUUCC